GACGGAGACUUCAGUCCUGGCCGCAGCGCUAAGAGGUUUACGUCCAGGUGGACACUUGUCACGAAACAACGCUUUGACCCCGAAAACAACAUUUUCACUCGGAAGAAAAAAAGAGGAUGUCGGAGCUGCGCGUCACUUUGUAGGAGGCUUUGGACAUGUCUGAAGAGUCCCUGCCAGAGGUCAAGGUCUUCCUCCUCUUCCUCGGGAGUCACAUGUCAGCGUGAGCCCCGCCCCCUCUGACCCAGAUUCUCCAAGGGGGCGGGGCAGGGCCGUCCUGGGUGUGGAAGCGUCGUCUUACCAGCCCCUGCGCGCGUCGUGGUCGUGUCUCCGGCUGCGUCUGAACACGUCCGGCGGCGAGGAGCCCCGCAGGAUGCCCGCCAAGACCCCCAUCUACCUGAAGACCACCACGCCCAAGAAAGGCAAGAAGCUGAGGCUGCGCGACGUCCUGUCGGGAGACAUGAUCAGCCCGCCGCUGGGCGACGUGCGCCACAGCGCCCACGUGGGGCCGGAGGGUCAGGGGGACAUGUUCGGGGACGUGGGCUUCCUGCAGGGAAAGAUGGACAUGCUGCCGGCGGCGGCGGUGCGGGUCAACAGCGAGGACCAGCGCUCGCUCAGCGCGGACAGAGGACCGGGGGACGCCGGGGCCGCCAAGCAGGACUCCAACAGACAUGACUAUUCCUUCAAUGGCUUCCACUAUCAGCACUCGUCCCCCGGCUUGUUGAAGUCCACCGUCUCCAUGCCCGUCUUUGUGGCCCACGAACAAGCUCCGCCCAAACCGCCCCGCCUGCACCUGCUGCCCGCGGAGGUCAACCACAAGCAGCGUCCUUCCAAGGCGCUCCGUGAGAACGGCGUGGCGGCUCUCUCAACCGACAUGUCCCUCUCAGCCGCCGUCUGCAGGCUGGUGCCCUCCUCGGGCUCCUUCUCGGAGGCCUCGUCAGAGGAGUCCAUGUCGGACCCCUGCGGACCGAUGGACACCCAACGAGGCCUCAGUCUCGACUCCGACGCCGGCCUGAGCAACGAGGACCUGAGGAGCGAUCGCAGCGAUUCGCCGUGCGGCCACUUCCACAUCGUCCCCUCCGCCAACGUCCCGCGCUCGGACUCCAUGAUGGGUCUGGACCUGGACCUGGGCCCUUCCAUCCUGGAGGACGUGCUGGUGAUCAUGGACCGCUACAAGAAUGUGGACCACCGCUGUGAGCUGUGAGGAGGGCGGCGACGAGGCCGCGUUCCAACGUAAUGACAGACUGAGCAGAGGAGACAUUUAUGACGAGUGCUGGGAGGCGACAGGCUGGUCCUCAGGCGCCUUUUUUUUACAGCAACAUCUCAUCACCAUUAGAGGAUGUCAUGAUAACAUGUCUUUAGCUCUUGGUUAUUUUUUUAAAUAUCAUUUCUGCAGUAAAGUCAAAUUAAGUUCUUUAUUCUGUCCAAACUGACACAAAGUUUCAUUUUCACCAUAAUUAAUUGAUCUUCUGUAACUGAUCCUCUCAAAUUGUUCUUCUUUCAACUAAAUGAGCAUAAAUAAUCAUUGUUCAAUUAAAGCUGUAUUUAGAGCUGCU